AUGUUGCAUACAGGCAACGCCUCGACCAGGCCUGUACCAUACAGUCUAUUCCCAGGGGAGCUGGAGGAGUUAUACAUUGACCAGAGGGACAUUGUGAAUUUUAGCGAAGAGGUCCACCUUUCUAUAUUUGCUUCACCACUUCGGGGUGAAGCAUCUAUUCCCUGGGCCUCGGCCCCUGUCUCGACAGUCAUUCAGACGGUCAGUGCUGUGGAUAAAGACGAGCCUCUCAGCGGCCAUCGUUUUUAUUUCUCCCUCGCUUUCUCUGCUGCCAAUAACAACAACUUCACCCUACGAGAUAAUAAAGAUAACACGGCAUCAGUGCUGACGAAGCGUGCUGGUUUCCGGCGGCAGGAGCAGUCGCUGUACUUGUUACCGGUGUUGAUUGUGGACAGUGGCAGUCCAGCCUUGAGCAGCACCAAUACUCUUUCCGUACGAGUCUGUGACUGCGGUUCGAACGGUGUUCCUCCGGCAUGUGGUGCCCUGGCUUUCUCUCUUCCCGUGGGUCUUAGCACUGGAGCUCUGCUCGCUAUACUGGGCUGCAUCAUCACUCUUCUGGUGCUGGUGCUGCUGAUUGUGACAAUGAGGAGGAGGAAGAAGGAGCCUCUGAUCUUAGACGAAGACCGGGACGUGCGGGAGAACAUUGUGCGCUACGACGACGAAGGUGGAGGCGAGGAAGACACAGAGGCGUUCGACAUGGUGGCGUUGCGAAACCUCAACGUAGUGAGAGACAGCAAAGCCCGCCGAGACGUCACCCCAGAGGUGCCCACCCUUUAUUGCCCCCGCCCUCCCCCCUACAAAAUCACCCCAGACAACGGGAUCUUUCGGGAGUUUAUAUGGGAUCGCCUAAAGGACGCCGACGUCGAUCCUUCCGCGCCUCCCUAUGACUCCCUGCAGACAUACGCUUUCGAGGGCAGCGGCUCGGUGGCCGAAUCCCUCAGCUCCCUAGACUCCCUGAGCACAGACUCGGAGCAGAACUAUGACUAUCUGAGCGACUGGGGACCUCGCUUCAGGAAGCUUGCCGACCUGUACGGCCAUGGCGACAGCAGCAAUAUAUUCUCCUCCUAGCCGGGAUUAAGAUUCCUGCCAAGGUCUGCUCAAUCAAGGGCAUAAUGGAAAUGAACAAUGAUCAAGAGAAUACCACUGACUCAUUGAUGCUUGACAGAAGAGGGGAGCAAAAAAGGGGAACAUUCAGUAUGCAGGGGGGAGUUAUAUCUGCAGAGAGCAGCGGUUUUGAUAACCAAUAGAUGGUGGGGAUUCGAGUCGGAAGCACUUCUAUUUAAAUUGCAGUUAGAUGCCAAGACAGGACUCGGGGUGUGGUUGCAAGCUCCCAAAGAGUGAUCUUCAGGCCCAAGAGAAUAAUGGACAGUGGACCGCAGGGCCAUGUGAGCUGGUCCAGGAAUACCAAUUGUUUCGAAGAGACAUUUGAAGUGCUCUCCCCAUGGUUAUAAAUGAGAACAGUGCCAUCCAGCUAGCCAUACAGCAGCGAUGCUCGAAAGAUCAAUGUUUCUGUUCUAUCAGAUGUUUCUAUGACUCAUAGGUUCUUUGAAAAAAAAUCAAUAUGAAUUCAGCAGCCGCUAUCUUUUCCGAACGCAUUGGCUAGCAAGGAACCGCAACUUAUGCUUUGUAAUAUAUCCUUUACGCAUAGCUUCACGUCUGUUAACAGGCCUUAGUUCAACGCCAAAAUUUGGGUCGAGGCACAUUGCUAUCACAACCUCUGAAGUAUCCUGCAGUUACGCCGACCAAAAUACAAGUCAAACUCGUAGUGAAUAGACUUUGAUGUAUCGAGCAGGACAGGCCAGAGUGGAUUUAAUCAUUGAAAAUGUAUAGUACUUGCCUUUCAGUUGAGGCUGUCAACCUGAGUUAUUUUGAGAUGUUAUUUUGUAAGUUUGUAGAGAGAACCCUUAUGACAGCGAGCGUUUGAAGGGGAGUCUUUUGUAUUAAGCCUAUUCCUUUCUCGAAAACCUCAGUCUCAGUGGAGAAACUCA